AUGGUGACAACAGGAAACACCGUGACGGUAUUUCGUACCACCAUAAAGGCCAUAUUUGGUCGUCGUAGAGACACAAACUGCUCACCAUUGACCACAGUUUCCACUACCUCGCCAGAUUCAAUGGCACAAGGAAGUUCAAAUCACCAAUCUUUAAAUUUGCAACCAAAUACUCAAGUGAGAGGACUGGAUCGUAAUGAAGCUAAUGGUUUCACAUCUUUUAUCAGAAGUAUUCUGAAGACAAACCUGAGAUGUCGAAGCAAGUCAACUUACUUUUCAGAGGAAGAAAACGAGCAAGCUAGAUGUUUGAAAUCAGCAACAACUGACUUUCCCAAUAACUAUACCAAAUAUGUCACAGCAACGCGGCACUUGCUCGACGUACUGGCUCCUGCUGACCCUAAUGGAAGAUCAUGUCCUCCAGUAUGGGAUACAUGCUACUGGCAGUUGACAUUGAACCCCGAAUGGACUGAAUAUGUUAUCAUUUACUCAAGAUUAGAAUAUGGACUGUCAAUUUUGACUGAGCUACUCGAUGAAUUGAAACCGCAUCUCAACUAUUACCAAAUACUCAAUCUGAAUCAAGGCAUUCUCAUGCAUUUCAUAGACAUGAGUUAUCAAUAUUGGUUGUUGCAGCUGAUCAAUCAAGUAAUUGGAAUCCAACUCGUUUUAUCCUCGCCUACGUGGCUUUACACAAUUGCAAACUCUAACAUCAUUGAUGCACAUAGAGCAUACAAUCUCCAAAUGGUUAAAGUACGGCUGAGCAAAGACCGGAAACCAAUAAUUAAGUUGUAUGGGAUUCCACUGUAUAUACCUAAAAAGCAUUUGGUCAAUGAGUUUCGUAAGUUGGGAAAAUUGGUGUCUUAUAAAUUUGCACCCACUGGACCAUUUACAAAGUUUCAUGUGGUGCAACUACAAUAUUCUCAAAAGGAUGAUAGGACCCGGAUUGCCAAGGAUAUACAAAAGAUUAUAAAAGGUAUGAAGUGCAAGGUUGUUUUGAAAUUUAGAGUUAUUCAGCCAGCAUGA